CCGGAGGGCAGUUGGGGAGCGCAGAUCCCGGAGCAGCGCUGGGAGCGUAAGUGCGGGCAGAGCACUGCGCCGUUUGGGAACGCAACUUUGAGGAGACAGUGCGGUGGUAGAGAUGAGGUUUCACCAUGUUGGCCAGUCUGGUCUUGAACUCCUGACCUCAAGUGAUCCACCCACUUCGGCCUCUCAGAAGUGCUGGGAUUACAGGCAUGAGCCACCACGCCUGGCCAGUUCUGGAGGCUGGGAAGUCCAAGACCAGUUGGCUCGCAUCUGGUGAGAGCCUUCUUGCUGCAUCAUCCUAUGGUGGAAGUCAUCACAUGGUGGAAGCGCAAAGACAGGGCCAUACUUGUCCUUUUAUAAUGAACCUACUACUCCUGCAAUAACAGCAUAAUCUAUUCAUGAGGGUGGAACCCUCAUGGCUUAAUCAGCUCUUAAAGAUUUCAGUGAAGUUCCUUAUGACUUCCCCUGAAAUUGCUUCCUUAUCAUGGGGGCAAAUGAAAGUAAAAGGCUCUAAUACAACCUAUAAGGACUGCAAAGUAUGGCCAGGGGGCAGUCGGACUUGGGAUUGGAGAGAAACAGGAACUGAGCACUCUCCUGGUGUGCAGCCUGCAGAUGUGAAGGAAGUUGUUGAGAAGGGUGUACAGACUCUUGUGAUUGGCCGAGGGAUGAGUGAGGCCUUGAAGGUGCCUUCAUCAACUGUGGAGUACCUCAAGAAACAUGGCAUUGAUGUGCGGGUCCUCCAGACAGAGCAGGCAGUGAAGGAGUAUAAUGCCUUGGUUGCCCAAGGGGUCAGGGUGGGAGGUGUCUUCCAUUCCACCUGCUGAUGGAGCCUUAAGAGGAGAAUAAAUCACUAAGUGCCUAUG